UCCUGUAAACAGACAUUUCGUUCCUACUAGAAACCUAGAUAUAUUUCUUCUCCUUCUUUACAAAUUUCAAAUUGAAUCAACUGGAAGAAGGUUUGUUUCUUCGUCGGCCCUAUACUGUGGCAACGGUCAUCCAAUAAGUCCCCCGCAGCAUAUCAGAGUAAAGCAAAAAGAUGGCGUACUUUUCUUCUUCCGGGUGUUUAGCCAGGAAAAUCCUAGCAGUGAGACCUGCCCUUGCUCAUCCUCUCGCAUCUCUCUUAUAUCCGUCUUACUCUGCAAAUGUCCAUGAACCUUCUGCAACUCUACAAAACAUUUGCUGGACUUCAACAAUCUCUUCUAGGGUUUUCUGUUCUCGUCGAUUGAAUCUUGACGAAGCUCAAGGACCGGCUCCUAUAGAUUAUGGGUCUCUUCUCGGAGAGGAUGAAUUCCAUACUUUAGCUGAUUCUACUAUUCAUGACCUUCAGGAGAAAUUUGAGGAAUAUGGCGAUUCUGUCGAACUUGAUGGUUUUGACGUAGAUUAUGGGAACCAAGUUUUAACCUUAAAGCUUGGUGGAUUGGGCACGUACGUAAUGAACAAACAAACACCAAAUAGACAGAUUUGGAUGUCUUCUCCUCUGAGUGGCCCAUCGAGGUUUGAUUGGGACAAGAGUAGUGAAGCUUGGGUUUAUAGGAGGACUAAAGCAAAAUUGUUGCAGCUUUUGGAGAGUGAAGUGGAACAACUGUGUGGUAAACCCAUUAGUCUUUCUUAAGGUUUUCUGCAAGUUUGGUCUAACAUUAUGGCGGUUUUUACUCUCGCAUUAUUAUACUUUAGCAGUUUUUGUGCUUGGCACCUUGAUAUUAUCAGCUUAGCUUCAAAAGUGUAUAUUUCAUGUAAAAGCAACCCACCAUGAAAAAGCAAGAUGGUUGUAGUGAGUUCUUUAGAACUGUAUUAUCUUUUUCAAUGGAAGCAGAUUUCUUAUAAUAAUAUAAAUGGAGGUGGAAAGUGUUUU